AUGAUUGGCUUCAUGGACUAUAUUGUCCACGCCUUUGGGACGUCGACCGACUGGAAUCCCGACAACAGCUAUUCCUCUCUGACCGCAACCUCGGACGCAUUACUCUCGUUCCAGACCCCCUCGACAUUGUCGUUACAUGUCUCGUCUCUGAGCACCCCGAACUUCGCAUCUUCAUACACCUUGUCGACGCUGGGACACAUAGAUGGCUCGAUAUCCUACCUCUACUCAAGCAUCCCAUUGGGCCAUGUUCCUUCUGAAGCACCAACCAUCCCGCUGAGAUAUUUGACUCCGGGAUACAGAGAUAUAAGGCUCCCCCUUGCGUUCCCACCGGGGCAAAAGAAGGGUAUACCCAAGUUUCUAAGCGAAGAUGGGAGGAAGCCAAUUUUGCUGCAUGCGACUCUGGAUCUCCCGCCUCCUUCAGUUCUGACGGCGCUAUAUGCACGACGCAUUAGUCCCGAGACUCUGCUCUCCGUCUCAUUAUACAGCAAAUCAGCCUCGACUCCAGUGUUAAACUCGGGUCCACCGCCAGCCUCGGUCCUUGCCCAUAUUCAGCACGAUGCUGGCCGAUAUUCAAUCGAGGGACUGGGCUCGACAGACAAUGGCCUUCUGGGAGUCAGGGGUCUGUGGAAUUUCGGCCUUAGCCCACCCAAGACGCCAGAGGUCUCUCUAUCGACACCCGCUCCAUCGUUGCAAGUUGCAGGCGCAACAGAUGGCUUCACAGAGUUCCCAUCGCCAGGUCUGAACUCUCCGCCGCAAGCGGAUGCAUUGACUGCGUAUCAAAACCGUCUGGCCUCUAAGCCAUCGCUGCUUUCUGCCGGUGCAGAGUUCUAUUACAGCCCUCUAUCUCAUGUCAUCGGCCUCUCGACUGGCUUGCGCUUCACCACCCUCACACCUCAUAUAACACCGUCGGAGCCACCACCUCAGCCUACUCCUUCACCCAACAAGCCGCUAGCAGGAACGUCUGCCGCCAUCCUCUCUACAGCAUCCCACGCUAUACUCACUCCAUCAAAUGUGCCGCAUUCUUCAUUUCCCUAUACCAUGACCUUAACUUUGACUCCGCUUACUGGGUCAAUAUCGUCCACUUACUCCGUGCGCCCAACGUCGGCCCUGUCCCUCUCAUCCAGGUUCGACUUUAACUUUUACUCAUGGGAGUCACGAUAUGUGGUGGGUGGGGAAUUGUGGCGCCCUCGACGCCGGCGGAACUCGUCAUCUCGAGAUUUAGAGAACGACCCUUCUGGCACCGGUUCUGACAACGAAACAAAUGGAGAUCCAAUCCAAUGGGCCCGCACCCUCGCCAAAGACUGGUUCAGCCCGGCCGAGCGCUCUCUCAAGGAACAGCGAAUCGAGCGGGAAGAAGAGAACGUGCUAAACUUUCGUGUGGAUGAUUCUUGGAACGUCAAGGCUCUUUGGACGGGCAGAGUGAAGAGUUUACUUGUUGAGGUCGGAGUCUCGGUAAGUCCUGUCAGUGGAGCCGCAGCUGCGACUGGCGGACUUGGGACAACUAGCGAAGCGAGUGCAGGAACUGGGAGCGGGAAAAAGAGUACCGCCGGGCAUCCGGGGAGCGGAUUUGCGUAUGACGGCGGUGGAGUCAAGAAAUGGACUGGCAAGGUUGGUGUGAGCGUUGUCUACUCAACUUGA